AUGGCGUUCCAUAUGAAGAGGCAUCCGGGCCAAUUGACGGUUGUGAUCAAACUCGGAACGAGCUCGAUUGUCGAUGAGAAGACGCACCAGCCGCUGCUUUCGAUCCUUUCUGUUAUCGUCGAGACCGCUGUAAAACUGCAUCAAGAUGGGCAUCGAGUCGUCAUUGUGUCCUCAGGUGCUAUUGGCGUGGGACUCAGGCGCAUGGACCUGGACAAGAGACCGAAACAUUUGCCAAAGGUGCAGGCGCUGGCGGCGAUCGGACAGAGCAGACUUAUGAGUCUGUGGGACCAGUUAUUCGGGCACCUACGGCAGCCGAUAGCCCAGAUUCUCCUCACGAGGAACGACAUCGCGGACCGGACGCAGUAUCAGAAUGCGCAGAACACGUUCUUCGAGCUACUGAACAUGGGCGUCAUACCCAUCGUCAACGAGAACGACACCCUAGCUGUUACGGAAAUCAAAUUUGGCGACAAUGAUACGCUAUCUGCUAUUACGGCGGGUAUGGUUCAGGCGGAUUAUCUGUUUCUGAUGACCGAUGUCGAUUGCCUAUAUGAUAAGAAUCCGAGGACGAAUCCGGAUGCGAAGGCUAUCACGGUGGUAGAAGAUAUCGCUGAGCUGGAGGCGGAUGUGAGCAGUGCUGGUUCUGCUUUGGGAACAGGAGGCAUGAGCACGAAGAUCGUUGCGGCGAGAUUAGCGACAAGUGCUGGUGUUACGACGGUUAUCACGAAGUCCUCAAAACCUGGGAACAUUACCGCGAUCAUAAAGUACGCGGAAGCGCAGAGGGCAGCACGGAUAUCGAGCCGCAACAGCAUGGUCAAUUUCCAGGACGAAGGCGUCCCUCUGGCGCAAACAGCAACUCUAAACCUCCACGCCACAAACCACGAACUCACCAGCACAACCGCAACUCCUCAUGAUACUCUAACUCGAACGCCAUCUCCUCAACUCGUCGAACAGCCACCUCUUCAUACCCGCUUCCUCCCCAUCUCCCACCCCAUCCGCGACCGCUACUUCUGGAUCUUGCACGGUCUCGCCCCUCAUGGAACCAUUUACAUCGACCACGGCGCCUGGCAAGCACUAACCGACAAAGCCGGCCUCCUCCCGGUCGGUAUCGUCGACGUCGACGGCCACUUCGCCCAACAAGAAGCUGUUCGCCUCGUCGUCGUAAAGCGCCUCUCCUCCAACUCCCCCAAAUCCCAACCGGUCACUAGCCCACCGACCCCCUCUCGCAUAAUCCCAAACCCUCACAUCACGCACCCCGCGCUCAUCCACUCGCACUCCGCCUCGUCAUCUAUGACUAUCGCCCCUCCGCCUUACGAACUGCAUAACCCCGCGCCUUUUGAGAUUGGAAGAGCGGUAGUGAAUUACGCAGCGAGCGAGAUAAGGCGGAUCAAGGGGCUGCAUAGCACGCAGAUUCAUGAGGCGCUUGGGUAUGCGGAGACGCAGUAUGUCGCGCAUAGGGAGAAUAUUGCUUUUUUCGGCAUAGAGAAGAGUAGGCCGAGUACGCCGAGUUUUGGGAGGAGCACUAAUGAGGGGGGUUUGGGCUUGGAUGCGCACUAA